AUGAGCUCUAUGAACGGGGUCACCUUUCAGCAAUGUAUCGACACAUGUGACAACACAACCGGCUGUGUUGAUGUUGCCUACGUCGAAGCAGGCCAGGACUGCUAUCUCAAACAGACCCUCACACCGGCUUUAUCAAACCCAAAUGUUUGGAGUGCUCGAAAACAUAGCGCCGCAGCCAGCACUGCCUCCCCAGUCACACUCUCCUGCAACAACCCUAGCACUAAUGGAACGACCUUCACUGCAUCUACCGGAAGCACAUAUCGGAUUCUGUGUGGUUUGGAUCAUUACGGUGGGGAUCUUGCCAGUAUCCAGACCUCUAAUUUUGAACAAUGCAUCGAGGCAUGUGAGACAAAGGACGCCUGUAUAGACGUGUCAUAUGUUGACGGCGCGUGUUACAUGAAGUCAAUGCUCAGCACUCCAUCGGCCCUAUCUUAUGUUUGGACGGCGCAAGUAAUCAAGUCAGCCAAGGCGAACUCCAAAGCCUCGUCGCUGUCUUGUAACGACCUGAAUGUCAACAGAACCACGUACACCACCGCUGGGCAGCGCGUGUACGAGAUUCUGUGUGGAGUUGACUACCUUGCUGGCGACAUGUCCUCGACAACGACCUCGACAUUCGAGCUCUGCUUGGAAGCUUGUGAUGCGGCCGAGGGUUGUGUUGAUGUGUCUUAUGUCACCCCUUCAUGCUAUCUGAAGUCUUCCGUGGGACCUGCCGAUACAAAGGCCUGGGUAUGGAACGCUCGAUUCAUGGCUGCAGCCGCCACAACUACGAGUGCCGGGCCUUUACCCACGGCGCUGUAUGGAAAUACGACCAAUUCGACAGUCGCAAGCCGGACCACGGCCUCUUUACCGACUUCCACGGCAUGUGCUGUCAACACAACUUCUUUCUACCCGGCCGCUAAUCAGAUCAACCGCGACGACUAUUCCGUUCUCAGCCCCAAAAAUCAGGUCACUUUGACAUAUGUCGACCCAAAUACGCUAAGGCUGCUCGCUCUGAGCUUCUCCAUGAAUCUGCCGACUGUAGUCCUGGAGGACUCCGACUAUAUUGACUAUGUUUCCUGUGGACCAAACAUGGAAGUCAGUCUGACUGAUGAGACAUCGUACAAAGUGGCUACUUCCUGGCCUAGCUCCGGAUUUCUUGUUAUCACGUACUUUCCGGGGUGCAACGACCAGUCACAACGAGGUGUGUACUAUGUGUCCAAAGUCACACCGUUUCCUUUGGAUCUUGUGGUAGGUCUUGACGUACUCGAAGUCAAUCUUACAUCAGUGGCAACGGAAAUGAACAUCGGUUUCGGGACAAUUGUCAACAACGCCACGACUGUAACAUCCACGUGCGUGGCAGGUAAUAACGCGACAGCAACGCCCACACCUACAAGUUUCACGCCGCCAACCAGUUCGAGUCUGUCACCAGAGGUGAAAUCGAUUAUGGACGCUCUCAAACCACUCAUGAAGUAUGAUGCAAGCGGCAAUAUCUUAGCCUCAGUUCCGAUGCAGACUGCCCCAGCCAUCGUAACACCCGACCCAUUUGAUCCAUCAGAUUUGGCAGCGCAAGCUGAGCUACAGGCCGCCUUGGCCGAUGCUGGGCUACCUGCUGCAAACGCUAGUGCCGUUCAAGCUGCCGCGGCACUCUCUGGCACUUGCCUGAACAGCUCUGCUCCGGUGUCAGCAACACAGACCAAGACAAGGAGGACCAUUAAACGAAUGCCAUGGACUACUCCGCCGAAACGAAUCGUCAAGCGGAAACAUAAGGGCGGAGAACAUGAGCACGAAGAAAAAGGUCCUAAUUAUGGGUCCGCAAGUGGCACAGAUGAUCCAGAUGGAUGGGACUAUGCUUGCGACGAUACUGUGACUGGCUUUGCAGAUUUGUUUGGCGACGUCGGCGAGCUAUACGAUGGUGUAUGCCAAGGUCACGAUGCAUAUCAAGCAGGUCAAGCCAUCGACUGCUUAGUAAAGCACUGCGAUCAGACAGUAACAUAUUAUACGACGACUUCCUACUACAUUUACUAUCCGCCACCGUCAACGAUAUAUUCAUUUCUCAAUUCCUGGACGAUCACCUAUCCAUCGCUAUCGAGCUACCCUCUUGGCUUUGCACGAGAUGGAAGUCAGAUGACCUGCGUCAACUGUAAUAUGGCGGUCAACCUCAUUCAAUUCGACGGCGCCAUCACUGUCAACUUGACGUCGAAAGAAAUACAGAAAGCUAACAUCAACGCCGGCAUUAGUUGGGACGCCGAUCAUGUUAUCAAUGUUAAUUCUAAUGGGCCUUGGACGAGCAACUUCAACUACAUUUUCAACGCAGACAGUUUCGACGGUAUUGGCGUUCCCGGAAUCUUCUCAGUCACUCCGUCUAUGAUCUAUAGUAUUGCUUAUUCCUGGUCGACGGACUCGGCGGUCAACUUCACAGCGGGAGCCCACCUCCAUGUCGCAAAUGCAACGGCUAACUUGAACGCGUUGAGCGCUGGUUCAGCUUCUGUCAAAGAUCCAACCGACUUCUCGCCAGUGCCAACUUUCAUCUAUCCCGUUUUCUCCACCGGCUCAAAAGUGUCGAUGUCACUGACGAUGCAAGCCCUUGUAUCAAUGUCAGUCAAUAUCAUGGGCCAAAUCUCUGUGGCGACCUCUCAGACGAUCCAGAAUACAGUCGGGAUGAGUUCUCAGUACUCAACAACUGCAGGUGUCUGUCCAGCAAACAACCUCGCAGUUAAGUCCUACGUAAGCACCAACAACACCAUCGCUGUGAAUAAUGGAGCUCCGAAUAGUCUGUACUCUAGUCAGACGGCCGGACAAACGCGCUGUUUUGCCGUUCCAAACGCGCUCCCUGACACUGGCGACAUUUUGGCACUCUCCAGCGUUGGUGGCGCUUUCUGCACAUCUUAUAUCAACUACAAGCCGUCAACAUCAUCCACAAUCAGCACGAGUACCCAGUUCGUUCCAAGCACCGCCACCACUACAACUACAAGCACAGUAACGAGCACUCCGGUCAUCACAAUCUUCCCAACUUACCGGACUUCCUUGACUUCUACGUCCGUCCUUCUGAGCUCUACGUCGUAUGUGUACACCACAGGAACGUACGCCAUCCCGACCCAAUACCUGAAGCGGGAUGCUUUACCGGAGGCGAGCCCUGCUCCCAACGAGAUCGCUGAGCCAAGAGCCCUCCCCUACAAUAGGCCGCUGCUCCAAGGACGUGCGGCGGUGCCAACUCCCACCCUAGUCUCCGGGUGGUCUCCAGCAAAGAUCUCCUAUGCCUGCAGCCAGAUCGCCACCGGAGCCAUCACUACUACCUAUACUGCCACCAUAACCAGCACAUCCGGCACAGUCACAUCGACGCAGACCGACAUCGUUAACGCCAAAGGUCCCGUCUCAACCGAAACUGACGCCAUGUACGAGUCCCUGGUCGUAGCCACCGUCACCGUAACAAACCCCGGUGUAGCGACCAGCACAGUCGCGACCGCCUGCCCUCUCCAAACAAGCGAAAGCUGCCUCCGAAUAUACGGCUCCGGCCCACCACAGUUUGGCACAGGCUGGCCUAUGGCAUACGAAGACGGCGCCGACUCCAAUUUCCAAUUCGGCACCGAUCAGUGGUAUAAGUUCACCGAAUGGUACCUCGCCUCCGACGGUUCCCUCUACGCACUGGAAUCAGACCAGCCGUGGGCUGUGACGGAGAAUUACGCGUUGGGCGCGUGGGUGGUUCUCGACCGUGGGGUGACGGGUCCGUAUAGUGGGUACAGGCAUGCCAAGUGUACGAAGGACUGUGUGGCUAAGACCAUUACUUGUUGUGGGAUGGGAGUGUGUACUUGGAGUGCGGGCGAGGUGAAUACCGAGCAGGAUUGGUAUUAUUCGGAUAAAAGCCAGCAGCCUUACUUGCCCGUGUGGGGUAUGGCAGGGUGGACAAAGAGUUAUCCUAUUACCUUGAGGUAUGAGGACGUGCAGUGCCCGUGUCGGAAUUAG